AUGCGUUCAAAGACUUAUGGUAGUGGUGAAGAAUUAGUUUGGAGUUCAACAAGUGGAUGUUAUGCAGUUAGAUCUAAAUCUAAUGAAAUUAAGAUUUACAAAGAUUUUAAAGAAUUUAAAGUAUUUAAACCAUUCUUUACACCAAAACAAAUAUUUGGUGGACAAUUAUUAGGUAUUUCAUCAAAGGAAUUUAUUUGUUUCUAUGAUUGGGAAACAUGUCAAAUGAUUAGAAAUAUUGGUAUUAUUCCACGUAAAGUAUAUUGGAAUGAUGAUAGUGUUUUAAUUGCAAGUGAAAAUGAAUUUUACUUGUUGAGAUAUAAUUCACAACUUGUUAAAAAUGCUUUAAAAACAAGAAAUCCAGAAGAAGAAGAUUCACAAAUUGAAGAUUCACUUAUUUUAGAAUAUAAUAUUGAAGAAAAGAUUCGUGAAGGUCAAUUUAUUGGUGAAACAUUUAUUUAUACAAAUAAUGAUUCUAGAUUGAAUUAUGUUAUUGGUGGACAAGUUACAACAAUAACACAUUUAGAAGAUUCUAAACAUUUCUUUUUAGGUUAUGUUUCUAAACAUAAUAGAAUUUAUAUUAUGGAUAAGGAACGUAAUAUUCUUAGUUUUAGAUUAUUUGUACAAGUUUUACAAUAUGAAACUUUAAUUUUAAGAGGUGAUUUAGAAACUGCAAGUUUAUUAUUACCUCAAAUUCCAAAAGAUGAAUAUAAUAGAUUAGCUAAAUUCCUUGAUCAACAAGGAUAUAAACAAUUAGCAAUGCAAGUUACACAAGAUGAUGAACAUUGUUUUGAAAUUGCAAUUCAAUUAAAUGAUUUACAAAAAGCCUAUGAAAUUAUUAAAAAGAGUAAAUCAGCAUUAGAAACUAAAUGGAAACAAUUAGGUCAAUUAGCUUUAUCACAAUGUAAUAUUGAAUUAGCAAGAGAAUGUUUUGAAUUGGGUAAUGAUUUUGGUGGAUUAUUAUUAUUAUAUUCAAGUAUUGGUGAUCGUGAAGGAAUGAUUAAAUUAGCAGAAAUGGCAAAGAAUAAUUCAACUACAAGUUAUAACAAUAUUACAUUUAUGUGUUAUUAUUUAUUAGGACAAGUUGAUAAUUGUAUUAAUUUGUUAAUUGAAACUAAACGUUUACCUGAAGCUGCUUUAUUUGCUAGAACUUAUGCUCCUUCUCAUGUUUCAAGAGUUGUUCAAUUAUGGAGAAGUGAAUUAACAAGUGAUAAUCAAAAAGUUAAUUCUCAAAGAUUGAAAUCUAUUGCUGAUUCACUUGCUGAUCCAAUCGAUUAUCCAAAUAUGUUUAAUAAUUUUGGAGAUUCUUUACAAGUUGAAAAAUUUAUGAAUAGAGAUUUUUAUACAAAAUUACAAAAUAAUGAACUAUCUUCAAAUCAAUAUCAAAAUAUUAAGAAAUCUUUAUAUAACACUGAUUGGAUUGAACAAUAUAAACAAGAAGGUGAAUCUCAAUUUAAAAUUAAUUAUAUUCAUCAAGAAGUAGAAGAAGUACAAGUUGAAGAAAAGGAAUCAUCAACUACUCCAAUUGAUACCACUACCACUACAACUACUCCACAAGAAGAAUAAGUGAUGAUGGUAAUGAUAAGAUGAGUGUAAUGAUAAAGAUUGAAACAUUAUGUAAAA